AUGGAUUAUUUCAAGAAGAGUCUAUGGGGACCAGAUCCUAAGGAGCAACAUAGAAAAAUUAAAUCUGUAUUGAGAAAAAAUGGUAGAAAUAUUGAUAGACAGUUGCACGACUUAACAGUACUACAGAAUAAGACAAAACAGCUGAUAAAGAAAUCUGCUAAGACGGGCGAUUUCAAGUCCACUAGAUUAUAUGCAAAGGAGUUAUAUCAGAUAAAUAAACAACAUGAUAGAAUAUAUACUUCAAGGGCACAAUUGAAUUCAAUCAGCAUGAAGAUAGAAGAAGCAUACCAGAUGAAACAGAUAGCUAAUCAAAUGGCAACGAGUACGGCUAUUGUCAGUGAAGUUAAUUCUCUGGUCAGGAUUCCACAAUUGCAAAGUACAAUGGUUGAGCUAGAGAAAGAGUUGAUGAAGGCCGGUAUAAUAAGUGAGAUGGUAGAUGAUACUUUAGAAACGUUGAGCGAGGAUGAGGAAGGCAUCGAUGAAGAAGUCGACGCUGAGGUUAACAAAAUUAUUGAGGAAUUUACCAAUGAGAAAUUCUCGAAAGUCAACAAUAUUCCUGAAGUCGAGUUACCACUUGCUAGCGCUCAAGAACAAGAAAAGCAGCAAGAACAACAACAACCUAUUGCAGAAGAUGCAAUUGAUGAAGAGGCUGAUAAAAUGUUGAACGAUAUGAGAGAACGGUUGAAAGCCCUACAGAAUUAA